UGAAAACAUAUUCAUUUCAAUUUCAACAUAAUCAGUGAGACUGCCGACUUUAGUUAUGUAUCGUUUUCAAUUAUUGUAUAGAAAUGCAAUUUUAUUAAAGCGUUUGCAAUGUUGUCCGUUACAAGUGCGAAUUGCCAGUGCGCCAAUUUUUCGUACGGUCGCUACUGACAACAGAGAAAGUGAGAGCACAUCAACAUUAACCGCAAAUUCUGUUUCACUGAAGGAGUUGGUUAAAGAGCAAGGUGACCUUGUAAGAAAGCUGAAGAGCAAUGGUUCAUCAGAGGUGAAGUUAAAAGAAGCAAUCGAUGAAUUGCUUCGACUCAAGCAAGAGCUACAAAAUAACGAAUGCGGAUCGAACGGUGAUGUCUUUUCUAUCGAUCAUGCCAAAUUUGAAAGUAUCAUGAGACGAAGAUUUAUCUACAACCAAAGUUAUGAAAUCUAUGGCGGUGCAAGUGGUUUUUAUGAUUUAGGACCCAUCGGAUGUGCAUUGAAAGCUAAUCUAUUGCAACUAUGGAGACGAUUUUUUGUGAUAGAAGAUCAAAUGCUUGAAAUCGACUGCCCGGCCUUAACGAUCGAACCGAUUUUCAAAGCUUCAGGCCACAUUGGCCGAUUCACUGAUUAUCUCGUUAAAGAUGUCAUUACAAACGAAGGCUUCAGAGUAGACCAUUUAAUAAAAUCACAUUUACAACAGAUUUUGAGCAAAGAUCCCGACUUCAAGAGGACAUAUGAUGAAACCAUUACUAAGUUGGACGGUGUAACCAAGACUGAAUUGACAAAUCUGCUGCAAAAGUUUAAUGUAAAGAGUCCAAUAACAGGCAAUGAUUUAUCCGAACCAGUUGAGUUUAAUUUGAUGUUUGACACCCAAAUCGGACCAACCAGUGUAAUCAAAGGUUACCUUCGACCGGAGACUUCCCAAGGAAUUUUUGUGAAUUUCAAGCAUUUGCUAAAUUAUAAUCAAAAUAAAUUGCCAUUUGCUGUGUCACAAAUCGGUAAUGCAUUUCGGAAUGAGAUCAAUCCACAAUCAGGAUUGUUGAGAGUUAAAGAAUUUACAAUGGCAGAAAUUGAGCACUUUUUCGAUCCCGAUGAAAAAUCACAUUCGAAAUUUGAAGAUAUUAAAGACACAAAAUUGGUAUUAUACUCAGCGAAAAAUCAAGAAAACAAUGAGAGGCCACAUGAGACAACAAUUGGUGAAGCAGUAGAAAAAGGUUUAGUGGCACAUGAAACAUUAGGCUAUUUCUUGGCGAGAAUUCAACAAUUCUUAGUUCGCGUGGGAAUUUCACCAAAAUACUUACGCUUUCGUCAGCACAUGAAUUCCGAAAUGGCUCACUACGCCGUCGAUUGUUGGGAUGCUGAAUGCCUAACCAGUCAUGGAUGGAUUGAAUGCGUCGGUUGCGCCGAUCGAUCAGCAUAUGAUUUAAAAAAGCAUUCAAAGGCGUCUGGUAUUGAUUUGGUCGUUCAGAAACGAUUGCAAACACCAAAGGAGUUAGUUUACACUGAAAUCACACCGUCCACAGAGCGUUCAAAAGGAUUGAGUAGCAAGAGAGCAAAACAACUCGGUAGAUUUUUGGCCGAUUUAAGUCAAGAGCAAAAAGUUACAUUAUUAAAAACAAUCAAUGGCGGAGGAUCUUAUGAAGUAAAGCUGGAUGAGAGUAAAACGAUUGCAUUGCAAAAAUCAUCGAUCAACGUCAAAGUGGUGACCAAACAAAUGCAUAUUGAAGAAAUAACGCCGAAUGUAAUUGAACCAUCAUUUGGAAUUGGUCGAAUAUUGUAUACAGUUCUUGAGCAUAGCUAUCGAGUACGUAACGUUGAUUCGUCUUCAUAUUUGGCACUACCCGCAUCGAUUGCGCCUCAUAAGUGUUCACUUUUACCUUUAGUUAAAAAUAUUGAAUUUCAACCAUUUAUCAAACAAAUCUCUUCAGAAUUGAAUGAUGAAGAUAUUUCACACAAAAUUGAUGAUGGAAGUGGAUCAAUUGGACGACGAUAUGUGAGAAACGAUGAAAUUGGCAUUCCGUUUGCCAUCACAAUCGAUUAUGAUACAUUAAAAGAACCACAUACGGUAACAAUACGAGAAUGUGAAACAAAAUCACAGCUACGUAUACCAUGCAAUGAAGUAGGCAAAAUAAUUCGGAAUUUAUCGAGAGAGAAAAUUACUUGGCGACAGCUGACUGAAAAAUAUCCCAAAUAUGAAAAGUAACACAGUGCAUGUACUGCACAUAGUAACGAGAUUUGCAUUUGUAUAAUGGCAAUUAAAUAUAUUAUUUUGAUUAAAAAUUUAAAUUUA